AUGAUGUGUUAUAUGGAGCCUAACUGUGUGUCCAUUAACGUGCGACCAUCACAAGGCGGAAAAUACAAAUGUGAGUUGAAUAACGCCACAGCUGAUGGAAUCUUGACGAAGUCUUCUUUCUUUUUUUUCCGGCUUCUUAACUUUUCUCUAAUCGCUUUAACUGUGGCUUAUUUGCUAGGAUCAUUUCUUUACCUGUGUAACAAGAUUAACUUUUUCCUCAUGUCAGUCUAAGCAUUAUUAUUGUAACAAUAGUUUCCAGCAAAAAAUUUAGGAAAUGUAUUGAAACGCACAUGAGUUAUUUACAAAAACGUAUUUUUGAACUGAAUAAUUUAGUCCACCAAAAUGUGAAUAGUCAAUUACGACAUGUCAAUAUAAAUGACUCCCGAAGGAUUUCUUGCGGCAAAGAGGUGAAAGUGAAAAAGAAGCCUGGCUGUCAGCAGAAGAAGUUAACAAAUUCUAUCGUGGUUUAGGCAAUCUUCGCUGCUCGCAUUCGAUCGGCAAGUUUUUCCGCGUCGCUCUUAAGUUUAAAAAAAGGUAGUUAAAAUCAAAACUGCCAUUCAACAGAAUUGAAUAAAUGGUCUGUCUCGAUAUGUUACCACGAGUUACUGGUAAUUGUUUGAGUUACCCGCAAAAUAAGUUUUUGCUGAGAGUCUCCUGAGACUCUGCAGGACGCUUCUGUGAUUCAAGUAGUUUCUCAGAGUGUUGACAUAACUCAACGUGUGGUCACUCAAAGACGUGAAUUGUUGGGAAAACUUUAGAAGCAAAAAGAACGAACGUAAUUCGUUUUUACGCUAAUGUGCCUUCUUUGAACGAUUUAACAGAGUUAUAAACUUUACGCAUUUCCUUGAAGUUUGGUCCGAAGACUCCUAAGAUACCAACCUAAAAGACCAUGAGGGAAAAUUACGUUUUUCAAAAUGGAUCUCCCGCAAUGGCCUCCGUCGUAAUGCGUUUCGUUUAAACUUUGAUCGGAAACUUGACAGAUAAAUUGCAAAGUAACCGAGUAGAACAUCGAAAAAUCCCCACAUGGUGUUGAAGACCGACCCCACAGGAUUGAAACUAUACAGAAAUUGUUAUUAAUCCGAUUAGAUUUGAUAUGCGAUUGAUUGGCUCAAAGAAACAUCGUCUAUUUGGAUUGGAUCAAGCUAAAACGAAAUACUUUUUGUUGAAUAGUGCAUUUCAUAACCUUCCCAUUGAUAUAUAGUUUAUGGUAGUUAGCGAAGGUGUACUGUAUUCUUAACUGUGGUUAAAGAAUCUAACCGUAAACCUCUCUUCUUUGACUAGCCAAGUCUUGCAGCGACGUGAAGAUGCUCGACUCAACAGUAGAAACCGGCCCGUAUGUCAUUGAUUCUGACGGUGAAGGAAAAUUGAAGCCAUUUAACGUCACGUGUAACAUGACCGACAAGGACGGUGUUGGCGUGACAGUCAUAAGUCACGAUAGCGAAAACAGGACAUUGGUGGACGGAUAUGAGGAUCCGGGCUGUUACUCACGUGACAUUCAUUAUACAGGAGCGACCUUUUCUCAGCUGGCAAGCCUAACCACAGUUUCCUUAUUUUGGGAACAGUUCAUAAAGUACGAGUGUAAAGGUUCACUUUUUCAUGAUGGGCAGAACCAAACUCGCAACUGGUGGGUGUCACGUGAUUCUAUGGCUAUGGCUUAUUGGGGGGGAGCAGCGCCUGAUAGUGACAAGUGCGCAUGCGGGAUGAAAGGCAAAUGUGCAAAAAGGGGUGAUCGUUGUAACUGUGACAUGAAUGACCGUAAAUGGCGUGAGGACAGUGGUCUCCUCAAUGAAAAGACACAUCUACCAGUUAAACAGUUGCGGUUUGGUGAUGUCGAUGUUCUCAAUGGGUUUGACGAGGUGGGCUACCAUACUUUGGGAAAGUUUAAGUGUUACGGAAUCGUCUGAUUAAUUAACAAAAGAGAACAAAAAUCAAAUCACCUAUUUUAACAACAAUGCUUUUCUACUGGUAUAAAACUAAAACCGUAACUGAACUUUCGAAUCAGCAAAUCAGCAUCAAUCUACAUUUCUGAGUCACUGUUGUAACAACAUGCUGUGAUGGUACGAAGGUCAACCAUGGUAAGGGUUUAUUAUGUUCUGAUCAACCAUGCUAUGAACGAUUACAAGGAGUUUUUUGUCUUUGAGAAAUCAGAGUAUAUUCAUCAAUCGAUAAAAUUAUGUAUUCUCUCAUUAAGUAAGAAAAUAUUUGACAAGGCUGUUCAACAUAGCCUAAGACCUCAGCAGACAUGUUGCCACUGGUGAUACUUAAUUAGUAAAGAUAUGAAACCAAUUUCCUUUUCUCACCAUUUUCUAAGGGUGAUUCGCUGCAGCUUAGAGGAAAUUCAUGUGAUAAACAAGAAACACACAUCAUUAAAGAUGUUUCUCAAAUAAGCGCCCGCGCUCAAAAAAGCGCACUCCUUCGAAAAAGCGCCUACCCCUAUGACUACAAUGACAAACAAGUGCAAUUCUUAAAUAAACGCCCCUCCCCUCCUUCCUUACUUUCUCAGGCAGUAGGCUUACCACAAACACCUGUUUCCAUUGCCUCUCCAUUUUAAACUUUUCAAGCUUCAACUAUAGCGGAAGCAGUACUGCGAUAGAAGAUUGUUCUUUUUUCGUUAACGCCACUUCCGUGUCUUCUUUCUCCGUGUGGUUACAGAAUUCCUUUAUGUGCGUUAUCCGUUGAUUUUUAUUACUUUUUACUGCGCUAGGUUAAUAGGCGCCCCCCUCAAUUGGGCGCUCUCCUUCCAAUAAGCGUCCCCCUUUUAGUCGAAAUUUCUACUUUCUUGUACUGACUCGAAAACCAAAAAAAGAAAACUUUUUAUGGGCAAAAUCUCUUUUGCGGUUGUCCCGCACGUGCUCGUCUAUCGCGUUCUAUCUGGGUUGAAACGAAAUUUCCGAAACACAAUGGCUUUUGGGAAAAAAAAAACGAAGAAAUAUUGCAUCAAGGAUGCAUAAAUUGAAACUUCCGUAAAACAAAUGAAUUUGACUCAGUAGGCGGGUUUAAUUCAUAAACGUCAAUCCAAAAAAGUAAAAUUCGCAAAUGAAUGUUAUUGAAAUUAGUUUAUUCCUAAGUCUUUCGAGGAAUAUCGCAUCUAAUAUCCUUGAAUUAUUCACAAAACACAAAUUGAAUGUUGGCUUUAUCGAGGACUCCGGUUGUCACUCUGGUGGUUUAAAAAGCAUUCCAUAUCAAUAAAUAAUCCCUGCACCUGCUGCACUCUAAGUUCAUCCGGUCUGGAGCGAUAACUACUAAGUUUGAACUAGGUGGUAGCUGCAGUGCUUUGAACUGUUUUACCAGCGCCCUCAAGUGUUAGCACAAGAAUGAACUCUACGGAUUAUUUCAAGAGGGGAGCCAGAACUUUCCCUGUUGUCCUUGGUAUUUUGCUCGGAAUCAGAUUAGCAUCGAUUUUUGCUCGCAAUGGUAAGUAUAGUUCGUUUGAUAGUUAUGAAUUAAAAACUACAGUUCUACAAAUCUAUUUGUAGCGUGAUAGAAACAAGACCUCUAGUGCGUAAAGUUUUAGGAAAUAUCCACUUGGAUAUUUUCAAACUUCCAUUUUUUAGAGAGUGUCAGAAAGAACACGGUGUAUGAAAAACACCAAGGGAAGGAAACGAGAGUUCAAGAAAUCAAUUAAUAUCACAAAGAAUUGACAAAUGUGAUGAAAAAUGCAAAUCGAGUCUUAAAAUUUCACUGGAUACUCUUUUUAGUCUUUAUUAUAAUCAAACCGUAUUUCAUCAUCUCAGUACAUGUUCACAACCUUAAUGGUGGCUUUUAAUGAUACCUCGAGUACAACUCUAAGUUAUUAGGGAAAUUUGGGUGAAAUUAUAAUUUUUAUUGGGUUCCACAACAGGAGACGAAUGCUGCAUCAUCAUUUUCGAGGAACCGUUGCCAAAUAAGGCAAUUAAUGGUCACGCUAUCAGGAGCGAAGAGGUAACUAAUGAGGGGAGCUGCCGGAUGAUGUGUUAUAUGGAGCCUAACUGUGUGUCCGUGAAUUUAAGACCCGUACAUGGAGGAAAAUACAAAUGUGAGUUGAAUAACGCCACAGUUGAUGAAAGUAAACUGACCUUCCUUGAGGAUUUGGGUGCUUACUACCUGGCUAUUGAGGUAAUGUUUAACGAUUGAAUAAUAGAAGAGGAUAUAUUAAGUUGCUCCUUAUAGAAAGAGCUGAAUUAGAAUACGUUUCUGGUUUUGAAAAUUAGAGAAGACAAAAACUUAAAUAAAAACAACAAGGCAACUUGAAGCCAACAGAUCAUUUUGUUGAUCUUCGUUUUUCCUCUAGGCUAUUGCAGGAGGAUGAAAGAGAAGAAAACUUAAGAUAGCGGCUUCGAAGUAGGCCAAUAAAUAAAUAAAACAGCCAUGCACAGACCAAGUUUUUCAAAACGGAAUUUGCAUCUCACUAGCAUAGACAUGUUUUGCGGAAACUGUUCUGUCUUUGUACGAUAUAUAAGAUCUGAAGGGAUUUUUUUAGAGCUUGUUUCUUUGAUUAUAUUCACAUCAUGUUUAUAUUCAGAUCUUACAAUUUAGAUUUUCGCUAUUUCAACAGAAUCCCUGCAGUAGCAGUAGCAGCCCUUAACGGAACUUGUCAAGUUGGUUUUACCAGCAAAGGAUUUCGAUGUGUCUGUGUUCACGGAUUUGUUGGAGAAAACUGCGGUGGUACUAUGAAAUCCUUUUUUGAAUUGUACUUAUUUCCUAUUGUACAUUAAUGAAAAGACAUAGUUUGCUCUUGCAGAAGUUAUGAGAAACGUCAGACAGAAAUACCAUUAGCAAACGCAAAGUGCACCGUCGCGGGUACUGGAACGACGUGUGCUUUUUUAAUCUGCUUAUCACGUUUCCUGUCUUUCUCUCAGAAAUAGAGUUAAAUGGGGAUUGACAAAACUAGUCGUUGUUUUACUCAACCUACAAUAGAUUACAACGAAGAAAAAAUUUAAACUUUUUAAGGAUGUAUACCAUCAACAACAUGGUGACUUUCUUGGAAAAAAUCUUUGUCAAAGAUCCUGUAUUUACGGCUGCACUCAUAUUUAUGACGAACUGUGGCAUAAUUGAUUCUUCAAAGUAACAGUGCUAAAAAAAUUGUUCUAAAAUAUUUGUCAGUACUCCAAUCACUUUACUUUUUAUAUCGAUUGUGAUGGAGAAGAUAAUUUUUAAAUUAUCAAAACAACAUUGAUGUAAUUCAUCGUGAGGCUCUCUUCAGCAAGUCUUUUAAAGAAACUUUUGAUGAAACAUUUGUCUUUCUUUAUCACCACAGUGCCACCAAAGUCCUGCAGCCAUUUAUAAAAGCUCCAUCGUGAAGCAAAAAGUGGACUAUAUAUGAUUGAUUCAGACAGUGAACGUGAAUUGCUGCCUCAUAAGGUCAUGUGUAACAUGACUGACAAAAACGGAGUUGGCGUGACUGUCAUAAGUCACGACAGCGAAAACAGAACACUGGUGAAAGGAUGCGAAGAUGCAGGGUGUUACUCGCGCAACAUUAACCAUACAGGAGCGAGCCUCUUUCAGCUUAAAAGUCUGACUGCUGUUUACCUUCACUGCGAGCAGUUCGUUAUGUACGAGUGCUACCACUCCAGAAUGAAGGGGUUCGUGAUUCGAAGAAAAUGA